UUCACAUUCACAAGAUGAUCUUCCGCCACCGCCAUUGGUUCUCCACCGCCUCCGCCCUAGGACUCUAUCUCCUCUAUCAGGCACUUCUCGCUUUGCAUUAUCCGCGACUAUAAUAUCCGCUGCCGCAAUUCUUGCUGCAUCAUCCGUUAUCAUAUUUGAUGACAGCGAAAUUAAGGAAGAACAAGCGAAGAAGAAACGUUUUCUUGAUGAUUACGAACACGCGAUUGACCGGUCGAAGGAGUCGUUUAAGAGAGUUGUGAAUACGAUGAAGCAUACCGGCGUUGCGGCGUCGGUUCUAUGGAAAUCUCUUCAUUCGGUUUUGUCUUCGGCUAACCAUGAAGUUUGGUCAGGGUUUGAGGUUAGGGUUGCGGCGUUAUUGGCGGAUAUUGUGGCGGCAAAUGAGAGCCGGAGGGCUGCGAUUGUUGGUGCUGGCGGUGGUGUGGUGUUGGAUUGGUUAUUAGAGUCGGUGGCAUUGUCCGGAGGGGGAAAUUAUGGGACUCAGGCCGAGUCGGCUAGGGCUUUAGCGUACUUGAUUGCUGACCCUAAUGUGUCGGAGGCGGUUCUUGGGAGGCGUCAUGCCAUUCCCAAUCUUCUCAGGUUCAUAUUCUUUGCUCAACCUCAUCAAUCCAAAAAGCACCCAAGGCGAAGUUCAUUUGACAUUUCUGACCCUUCAAAAGGCAGAAGCAUGCUUGUUGCAGCAAUCAUGGAUAUUGUCACUUCCAAUUGUGACAAUGUGGACAAAAUCAAACUUAAGCCCAUGCUAUCAGGAACUGCAGCAAUGAGAGAUAUUGCAGCUGCACUUGAAGUUAUUGAAGAAGGUGGCAUGCACAUGGAUGAGCCACCUGGCAGCAGCCAGGAUGAUGAUGAUGGAACUGGAUUAAAGGGCAUUGGAAUGGAAGUUCUUGGAGGCACUUCAAUUGUAGGUCUUUCUACAAGCAAUCGAUCAAUGGAGUUAGAUGAAUCUAAAGUCACUCACAACUCAUCAUCUUUCAACAAAUUAAACAACACUUCUUCUGUAAACACAACUGUUAUCCCUGGACUAUGGGAUGAUUUGCAUUCACAACAUGUUGCUGUUGCUUUUGCUGCAUGGGCUUUAGAAAAUUGGGCAAUGGCAUCAGAUGUAAAUAGAUCCCAUAUCCAAGAACUCGACUUCAAUGGACAUGCUGUCAUGUCUGCAUUGAUUGCUCCUGAAAGAUCCGUGAAAUUUCACGGGAGUUUAGUAGCUCAAUUGUUGUUAAAAGACGAAAAUCUCCCCAUGAAUGAUUUUGUUUCUGAUUGGAGUUCUACCCUUCUUACAACCGUUUCUCAAGCAAGCAAAGCCGAUGAUAUCUCUUUAACUCGUGUGGCUUUAUCUGCAUUUUUACUAUCUCUCGAGAGGUGCCCUGGUGCUCAAAGGGUAGUUAUGGAAAAAGGUCUUCAUUUAAUGAGGGAGACUGCUAAAAGGACUAUGAAUCAUAAGUCUGUUCAAGAAUCAUUAGCAAAAGGGUUGGAAUCACUCUGUUCAGGGGACAUGCGUUUGUCUCUUGAAGAAGGACAAAAGUGGUCUUGCAUUCUGCUUCCAUGGGUAUUUAGGGAAAUUUCAUCUGAUGCUAUUAGAUCUUCUGCAAUCACAAUCCUUUCUCGUAUCUGUGAAGACUAUGGGCCUUCUUCCAUUCCCAUUUCCCAAGGUUGGUUAGCUAUUAUGCUUUCAGACAUUCUCAAAUCCAGAAAGUUAUCUCUUAAAGGGAGUGCUCAACCUAGGGACAAAGUCAAGACACAAAUCGAUCAGGCAAAUGUACUUUCUGGUACCCAAAGUGUGAACCAAUUGGCUAGUGCUGUGGUCAACUUAGCAGUCAAUGGUGAUUCAUUUGCUUUGGAAGAUUUUCUUACCCUUGAACCAUUUAUUAACACAUACAAAAAUCUAAAGAAAGGAAAUAUCCCUAAAGUGAAUGCUUUAGAUUCUGCACUUGCAACUUUAAAGGCUAUCAAAGCAAUGACAGAAAUCUGCAGUGAUGAUUUAUUUUCUCAAAAGAAAAUAAUCGAUUAUGGCAUAAUUCCUCUGUUACGCCGCUUUUUAUUAAGUGAUGAUUAUGAGAAGUUAUCAGCAAUUGAAGCAUAUGAUGCACAAGUUAUAUCUUUUGUUUUGCAGACGAAUCUUACACAAUGGUCUGGAUCAAGCUUGCCUCUUCAGGAAGUUAGCUCGAUGCUGUUGGAAAAGCUUAUUGCAGCACGUAUUGGAGAUCGACCUGUUGUAUUUGUAACUCAUAGCAUGGGGGGAUUGGUUGUGAAACAGAUGCUACAUCAAGCAAGUGCAGAAAACAGAGGCAAUCUUGUCAAAAACAGUGUUGGUGUGUUACAGGACAUGAGUAUCGGCACAUCAUGGAACAUUUAGGUUAGUUGUUGUUUUUCCUCUUGGUGAUCCAUCAAUGAAGUGGCCAACAUCAUGUAAUAACAUUUUAGGGGAAGAUGUAUGUAUAUGUUUUUUUUAAUGAAUAAUGUAAUCAUAUGUAUGAAUAUAAAAUACAGU